AUGGCGCUGCCACUGCACGCUGCGCUGGUUGCGCGCGUCGCCACGAACUUGACAUGGUUCAGCCUGGACAGGACCGACGGAUGUGCGCUUUACCGCUACGAGUUCUCACUGCCCUCGGUCCCCACUGAAGGGUCGGUGCAGAUGGCGGCAGCGGGCUAUGGGGAGAUCUGGAUGAAUGGUGCCAAGGUGGAUCCGACGACUGCGCUCGAGCCAGCGUGGACUCAGUGGGAUACGCGUCUCAGCGUGCCAUCCUACAACGUGACGGGGCUCCUCAGGAAAGGCGCGAACGUCGUUGGCAUGGUACUUGGCGCUGGUUGGUUUGGCCAUCUUGGGAACAUGCCAGCCAUCACGAUUGGCAUGCGUAUCCGAAUGCAAGAGAAAACGCUGUCAUUUGGAACAGAUGCUCCUUGGACCACAGGUGCUUGCCCAAUCAUUACCAACGAUAUCUAUACAGGGGAGACGUACGAUGCGCGCUUAGAGCAGCGGGAUUGGUUGAUAACCGACGGUGCAUCAACGUGGCCCAAAGCAGUGGCAGGCAAACCACCGCCGCAGGUUGUUGGAGCGACCCUGUCACCAGAGCUCAUGGAGCCUAUUCGCGCACUCUCAUUGCGAGUGCCAGAGUUUGUGACUCGAACCGCGAUGGGAUCAACUAUACUAGAUUUUGGCCAGAACAUCGCUGGGUGGUUGCGAUUGUCACUUCGUGCCUGCAGCUUGGGCUCUACGGUGACCGUCCGACACGCGGAGUUUCUUUACAGUAAUCGCAGCGCUCUUUAUGUUGGGAAUUUGCGAGCUGCGAGGGCGACCGACGUGUACAUCUGCCGCGGAGGUGCUGUUCGGCACGAGCCUCGCUUCACAUACCAUGGCUUUCGUUUUGCCGAAAUCAUCGUGACUGGAGAUGUUGAUUGGUCGUGGGCCGACCAGAGGGCGCGCGUGGUGCACUCGGACGUGAAAUCUCGCAGCUCUCUGCGGAUGGCAAAUGACGUGUUAACAAAGGUGCAGGAGGCGAUUCGCUGGACCCAAGUUGACAACCUUCACUCCGUACCAACUGAUUGCCCUCAGCGCGAUGAGCGCCAAGGAUGGAUGGCAGAUGCAUCGGUGUCGGCCGAGCAGGCUGUGUUAAAUUUCGAUAUGCGCCGCUUCUACCUUAAUUGGCUUCAAGUCAUUGUCGACGCCCAGCAGUCAACGUACGCCAGAGAUUGCGACAUUACUGUCCCUGGGGGUGGCAUCAACGGGACUUGCUUCGGCGCAGUCACAGACACUAGUCCACAUCCCGCAGGGGUGUAUGGUCACCGUCCAGCAGACCCUUCAUGGGGUGCAGCUCUACCUCUUCUCGUGGACCUCGUUAACCGCUACUACGGCGAGGACGACGCCGUACAAUUUGUACCGGCGUUACAUGCUUGGGCGGAAUUCUUGUUGUCAAUGCGACAGAAUGGCACGGUUAAGUACCACUAUUACGGCGAUUGGUUGCAACCAGGCAAGGUUGCAAGUGAUCCCAUUGUCAGCGAAAUGUCUGCUGGCUUCAAUAGCAUCUUGGCGGUAAAAAUUGCUAGCACGCUUGGCGAUUCCGCUUCCCGUUCACGGUUCGCAUCCGAACUAGCUGACAUGGUGAAGGUAUUCGAAGCGACAUAUUGGAACCCCCAAGUAUCAGCUUUCGGUGAUGGCACCCAGGCACCGCAGGUUUUCGCGCUAUACCUGGGGGGGCUCGACACAACUCACGAAGGCUUGGCGCUAAAGCGUCUUCUCGACCUGCUCGAGAGAGACUGCAUUGGAACGGGAAUCAUCGCGACAAAGUGGUUGUUCCCAGUGCUCUCUAGGUACAAUCGGACGUCUCUCGGCUUACGCCUGGCAAGUGGGACUGGCUUCCCCUCGUGGGGCUACAUGGUCGCAAACGGUGCUACCACGAUUUGGGAGCAUUGGGAUGCAUACCACAACCCCAGCGGCGAUGUCAUGUCAAGUCACAACCAUCCAGCCUUCACUUCCAUCGGAGCUUGGUUUUUUACCGAUCUGGUCGGCCUUCGGGUGGACAGGUUGCCCAUUGAGCUGGGGACAACUCUGGAUGCAUAUGAUCCACUUCUACCGAAGGCCUCAGGAGAGAUCUGGCUGACAUCGGGCCUUGCCAGAGUUUCUUGGGAAAUGACACCGGGCCGUGGUGCAUGUGUGAAUGGUACAUGCCCAGAGGAAUGCUCGGUGCGCGUUCCUCUGAAUAGCUGGAACGUCGUGGAGGCUCUGACACACCUCCAGAGCCAGGGCUUGAGGGCAGAGGUGUGUGGCGCCGCUGUAUGUGUGCGCAGGCCUGCUGGGCCCUUCACGAUCCAGCUCUCGGAGAACGGGGCGAUGAUUACUGAACUGAUUACUGUCGAUGCGCUAGCACACCGAAAUCCCGAAGGUCAGCAAUCGUGGACUCCCCGGCUGCCAUGGUAA